AUGAUGGCAGUGUCAACCAUGAAAAGGACGGCUCGUGUCGUCGUCCGAUCAGGCGCAUGCAGCACCGCAGCGGUCGGUCCAUCGACGAGGCUCGCACCAAGCAAUCGAGCGUUUCACGCAUCUCAUCGUCGACAGGAUGAGACUCCAUCCCCUGGCACUCCGCUCCGAGCAGGACCUGGCUCAUCACACGACCGCUCAUCGUCGUCGUCAUCCCGUGCCAACUCCGCAUCAGGCAUGAGCAUCGUCAACAUCGUUAUCGCAUCAGCAGCCAUCGUGAUCGCCGCCCCGCACGCACUAGACCUGUACGGACGUAUCACCGGCACCACCCCUUCGCGUUCGACCUCAUCCUCGAUCCCUGGCAAACUCGAACCCUACACCCACCACCCACUUCCACUGGUCUUGUCCGCCUACUACCCCGAUCCAGCCUCCGCUUCGGUCCACAAACUGCUGCACAUCGGACUACCAGCUUCUCUCCCGGCGAGUGGUGGAAGCGAAACCGACGAGCUGAAAAAAGCCCUCAGGAUACGAAGCGUCUAUAUCAAAGAGCCGAGCCUAGUGAUCGAACGAGCCUACACUCCGCUGUACGAUACACUUCCCGGCUCGUACUCGGCCGCACUGCAGGACGCGAGCGCAGAGGAGAGGCAAAGACUUGAUCUGCUGGUCAAGAGGUAUCCGGAUGGAGAGCUGGGCAAGAUGUUGCAUAGAGCGGUGGCGAAUCCUACAGUGCCGCAGCUGGAGGUGAGAGGUCCGGUGGACACGUGGUCUUUCGAGAGAGAUUCGGUGGCGGGGGGUGCGAUUCCGGAAAGGAUCGUCAUGGUGGUCGGAGGCACGGGGGUUACGCCUGCUUAUCAGUUGGUGACGAAUCUGUUCGGUGGACCGACGGGUGGAAGCGGGAAGAGAGCUAUGGAGGGUGGACCAAUGAUUGAUGUUGUGUACGCGACGCAGAGUCUGGAGAAUGCUUUGCUUUUACCGGAACUACAUGCGUUGGCCGCGAACAGCAAGGACAGGGUGACUGUUUCACUCUUUGCAGAACAUCUUGCGGGGUCACCCUCACCUUCGACCCUGUCACCGACCCAACUCGCGGCCUUGGGACCAACUCUCAAAGCCUCCACACCCAGCUCAUCAUCCCGCCGCUCAUGGCUGCCCUCACUGUUCAGCAAGGCAAGCUCCUCCCUCGAGCCAAAAUUGCACCUUACCUCAUCUCUUUCUCCGACCAGCACCACCACGAUCCCGGUGUACGAAUCAAGGAUCACCCAACAGCACCUGGAAUCGCUCUUGUCACCACAGAACGGCAAACCGAUCCCAGGAAGGACACUGAUCCUGGUCUCUGGUCCUGACGGAAUGGUAGAGGCCAUUGCAGGUUCCAAAUCGCGCGACGGUCAGAGUCAGGGUUCGCUCUCUGGCAUCCUCGCCAAGAUUGGCUGUAGACAGGAGGACGUAUUCAAGCUAUGA